CCUCCAUUGUUUGACACCUCUACUGCUGCUGCCUAUUAUCCACGUUUCGUCUGCCGCGCAUGUUCAUCUCGACCAAACUUUGCUCCUCCUACCUUACAUUGCUGGACUGCUAAAAGUUACGUCUCACUGCAAUUGCGUUGUUCCAUCGACAAUUGGACAGCCCUCAUCUGCAUCCACAGUGCCACAAAGCGCCGCCGCAUCGUGAAUCCACUGAACCUGUAUAUGUUUUGUGGUGUGUGUCUGUGGAACAGAGAAGCGACCAGGCCCCUGCAUUAAAAAACGGCGGCAGAGAUUAUUGUUUGUGCCAUAUUUUUAUUGUUCCUAUCGGCCCUUGGCUCGCGGCUGUUUCAUUUAUUUUGUUUAUUAUUAUCGCCGUCUUGGUCUGGCCCAAGUUAAACGGACGCCACUGUCACUGCCACAGCGAUGGAUAACAGCAGUAGCAGCACUAGCAAACCCAAACUCAAUGGCUUUGUGGAUGGAGAAUCCGUUGAAAAUCAGCUGCAGGACGGCCUCAGCUGCAGGGAGUUGUUUCAGAAUGGGGAUGGACUCACCUACAACGACUUUCUCAUAUUGCCCGGCUACAUAGACUUCACCGCCGAGGAUGUUGAUCUUGGGUCGCCGCUGACCAAGAAAAUUACAUUGAGGGCACCGCUGGUUAGCUCGCCCAUGGACACCGUAACCGAAUCGGAGAUGGCCAUAGCCAUGGCGCUGUGUGGUGGCAUCGGCAUCAUCCAUCACAACUGCACGCCGGAGUACCAAGCGUUGGAGGUGCACAAGGUUAAAAAGUACAAACAUGGCUUCAUGCGCGACCCGUCCGUGAUGUCGCCCACCAACACCGUCGGCGAUGUGCUGGAGGCCCGGCGAAAGAACGGCUUCACCGGCUAUCCGGUUACCGCGAAUGGCAAACUGGGCGGCAAGCUUCUCGGCAUGGUCACCUCCAGGGACAUUGAUUUCCGUGAGAAUCAGCCGGAGAUAGUGCUUGCAGACAUAAUGACCACCGAACUGGUCACCGCGCCCAAUGGCAUAAAUCUGCCCACGGCGAAUGCCAUUCUGGAGAAGAGCAAGAAGGGCAAACUGCCGAUUAUCAAUCAGGCUGGCGAGCUGGUGGCCAUGAUUGCGCGCACGGAUCUUAAGAAGGCACGCUCCUAUCCGAACGCCUCGAAGGACUCCAACAAGCAGCUGCUGGUGGGCGCCGCUAUAGGGACGCGCGGUGAGGAUAAACCCCGGCUCCAGCUUCUAGUGGCCAAUGGUGUGGAUGUGAUCAUUUUGGACUCCUCGCAGGGCAACUCUAUUUAUCAGGUGGAGAUGAUUAAGUUCAUCAAGGAGACCUAUCCCGAUCUGCAGGUCAUCGGCGGCAAUGUUGUAACACGCGCCCAAGCCAAGAACCUUAUCGAGGCGGGCGUGGACGGACUACGCGUGGGCAUGGGGUCUGGCUCCAUCUGCAUCACCCAGGAGGUGAUGGCCUGCGGUUGUCCUCAGGCAACGGCCGUCUAUCAGGUAUCUACCUAUGCGAAGGAGUUUGGGGUGCCCGUGAUUGCCGACGGCGGCAUCCAAUCGAUCGGACACAUUGUUAAGGCAUUGGCCUUGGGGGCCAGCGCCGUAAUGAUGGGCUCUCUACUGGCCGGAACCUCGGAGGCGCCCGGAGAGUACUUCUUCUCGGAUGGCGUGCGUUUGAAGAAAUAUCGAGGAAUGGGUUCCCUGGAGGCGAUGGAGCGCGGGGAUGCUAAGGGUGCGGCUAUGUCCCGCUACUACCACAAUGAGAUGGACAAGAUGAAGGUCGCUCAGGGUGUCAGCGGCAGUAUUGUGGACAAGGGCAGCGUUCUGCGUUAUCUGCCCUAUUUGGAGUGCGGACUUCAGCACAGCUGCCAGGACAUUGGAGCCAAUUCCGUGAAGAAAUUGAAGGAGAUGAUCUACAAUGGCCAACUGCGAUUCAUGAAGCGCACCCAUUCCGCUCAGCUUGAGGGCAAUGUUCACGGCCUCUUCAGCUAUGAGAAGCGUCUCUUCUAACAUAUGGCCAGUGCUGCAUCGGCCACGGGCAGCGGAUUGGCUGCCCCUGCAUCACAGCAGCAGCAACACCAACAUCAGCAGCUUCAGCAUCGAUCUGGAGCAACCAAUCCGAACCACUUUGCCCUACUUUACGAUCGGAAGUGAUUUCGGAAGAGUUGAGAGUUGUCCCAUUACUCGCAUAAGGCAUCCUCGAAUCAACGGCCCUAUCCAUACAUACUUAUACCUACCUUAUCCAUCUGCCCGCGCAGACAAAAACCUAAACUUAAGUGUUUACAGACCAUGAUCUGUAUAAAACUAUGUACUCUAUCUAUAGAUAUCUAUACAUAUAAAUAUUAUAUAUAUAUACUAGGUGGCAAGCCCCCUGCUCACUCGCUUCGCUCGUUCGCCAACCCCCAAGUCUUCUAUAUCAUUUUAUAUUAUUUGCAUACAUUCACUCUUUAUCGCACGAUCGGUACGAUUAUCUACUAUUCCGGAUGUGUUGUUUGUAAUAUAUUGUAGCAUACAUGCAUAGUAUGCAUUGCAUACAUAUAUACACGUACUGCAGCUCCUCUCUUUGGGAACCUUUUAAGUUCCUUACGACAAACUUAUUAAAUGUGAACUGAAACU